AUGGAGAAUCUGGCGCCGGGUUUUCGGUUCUACCCAACAGAGGAAGAGCUAAUAUUGUUCUACCUCCACAGCAAGCUGCAUGCAAACAGACAGGACCUCGACUCGGUGAUUCCAGUCCUUUGCAUCUACGAUUUCAAUCCUUCCGAUCUCCCCCAGCUUGCUGGAGAAAGGUGUCGUGGUGAUCCAGAGCAAUGGUUUUUCUUUAUUCCGAGGCAGGAGAGAGAACUCAGGGGUGGAAGACCAAACCGCCUCACCACCUCUGGGUACUGGAAAGCCGCCGGUUCUCCGAGUUAUGUUUAUGCUUCAGAUAACCGAGCCAUCGGCGUAAAAAGAAGCAUGGUUUUCUACCUAGGAAGAUUUCCCACCGGACGAAAAACUGAAUGGAAGAUGAAUGAGUACCAGGCUAUUGAUGGAGACGCACCCUCGUCCAAGGGUACAGUUCCGAAGCUAAGGAAGGAGUUUAGUUUGUGCAGAGUGUACAAAAACUCAAAUAAAUGGGCUCGUGCAUUUGACAGACGGCCAUCUACACCAAUGUCGGGCAAGGCAAAUGUCCAGCAAGCUCACAUUGUCGACGAGCCAACAACAUCUCAUCACCCUAAUGACCUUCCUACAAUGGAGAGAAACUGCACACCUGCUGAUCGUCAAGCUGAGGCCUUCAAGAAUUGGGAUAUCAGCAUUGAAGAUGAGCCUAUUUGGGAUUGGGAUGAGCUCGGUUGGCUUUAA